UUCCCAUUCCCGCCGUGUGAGUGCGCCCAGCUCGGUGUGUGCGGGGCUGGCGGCGGUGAGGUGGCCAUGGCCUCCAUGGCGGCGGCGAUUGCCGCCUCCCGCACGGCGGUGAUGAACGGGAACCGGCCGCUGGACGAGCGGGAGCGCAAGCGGUUCAGCUACUUCUCCUCGCUGAGCCCCAUGGCGCGCAAGAUCAUGGCGGAGAAAGAGCGGAUCCGCGAGCGGUACGGGCCGGAGUGGGAGCGGCUGCCGCCCCGGCAGCAGGACGAGAUCAUCGACAAGUGCCUGGUGGAUCCGCACGUCCAGGCCCGCUACGCCGCGCACCGCAGCGCCGCCCGAACCACCGCGCCGCCCGCCUGCUACCCCAGCCUCCGCCUCAACACGGGCCAGAAGGUGGUGCGCUUCGGAGACGAGGACAUAACUUGGCAAGAUGAACACUCUGCUCCCUUCUCCUGGGAAACGAAGAGUCAGAUGGAGUUCAGUGUGGCAUCUCUGUCCAUACAAGAACAAGGUAGUGCCCCGUUGCAAAAUGAACAGAGGCAGCCCGUUAAAGCAGCACCUGGUGUUCAAGUCCCAAAAUCUUCUCAGGCCAGUAAGACCCCUGGCUCUGAUGGGUUGAUAGCAUCCAGAAAAGAAGAGGAGUCCUCUUUCUGGAAGAUAAGUGCAGAGCGCUCAAAAUUGGAAGGAGACAAGUCUGAGUUCCAGUCCUUGACCCCCAGCCAGAUCAAGUCCAUGGAGAAAGGCGAGAAACCCCUUCCCUCAUUUUACAGACAAGAGUCUACUCCAAAGGAGAUUGUGAAAGCUGAGAAGCCCAGCACAGCUAAAGCAGAGAAGUCUCUUGCCCCCAGCUUACCUUCUGCAUCUCUCGAAUGGGAGAAACCUCCACACACUCAACUCCCUGCUACUUCUCUAGAUGACUUCUUUCUUCCUGACCCACCGCAGGACCUGACAUCUUCUAGGACAAACAAGGAAGAUACUGAUGGUACUGUACUUACAGAUCCACAAAUGCCUGGACAGACUAGUACAAGCAAUGUUAUCUUGAAGACUGGCUUUGAUUUUCUAGACAACUGGUAAAAGAUACUUUAGAUCCAACCAAUUUUGGGGAAGAAGUGGAGUACAUCUUUCUCUUUGUAUGUUACUUUACUAGCAUUUGUGUCUUUUUCUAGAGGUAACUUUCAAACUCUUAAAUGUUGCCUUUGUAUCAACUUUUGUAAUACCAUAUGCAGUUUUGUUUUUUAACCAGUGAUAGAAGUGUGGUUUCACUUGGAGUUUUUUUUUUUUCUUUUAAUAUCUGUUACGAUUUUUAGUAGCUACUGUAUUGAGAGAGUGAGAGAAGUUACCAUGCACAUGUUAAACAAAAAAACAGGAGUCUCCAUAUCUUAGAAAUGGAAACUACAGGACCAGAUUGAUGUUUUCAAUCAAAACCUUGCUGGCAUGGCUUGUAAAAUGUAACGUUGCACAUGCAAUGGUUCCAAAUAAGCCAAUAAUUCCAUAGGUCAGAUAAAUAGGAAGCAAAACAAACCCAAACCAGUAUGGAAAAUAAACAUACAAAAGAACUGCAUUGAUUUCAAUAUUUCAUUUAGUUUGAAAGUAACUUUUGUACCACUUAUUUGAAACCUUUAUUCUUCUUUUGAGAGGGCAAAGGGAUCUGUCAUUUUGGCAAUGCAAAGAAGCACUGUGUUUGUACCCUACAAAUCUGCUAAAAUAACUUUAGAGUAUUAGAAAAAUGACCUGGGAAAAAUGAGAGGUGUUUCUGAUCUUUAGAUUAGAGACCUGGGAGUGGGUGGAAGGAAAUGGGACAACACCUAACGAAUGGCAGAAAACUCUCUUCAGGGAACACAAGCCUAAGGAUUACGCUGCCUCCUCACUUAGAGUUGUGCUGAGAGUACGGCACUGGGAAUUGCUGGAGUGUAGAUUACCUGUGUGUCAGGAAACCACUAUGUUCAUGGGAGGUCACAGCAGUAUAAAGCUUCUUUGUUUUUUAAGCAGCUUAUCGUCUCAAGGACUUAUCAACAUUGGUGCUUUUUCCUCUGUGUGGGUACAUUCUCUUAAGAGCUCAACACCUGGGUUACAUUUGUUUCUGAGGUGCAGAGAGGCACCUCAAGGUGGCCCUCAGCAGAACUGCCUCCAGUUCUGGAUUUGAAUGACCUUUGUUUGGUGUUUAAAAUGUAGAGAAGACUAGCUUGUCGUUUGACUCUAUUGUCUCUGAAAUGCAGCAUGAUUUACACACUGACUCUCACUGUGUUUACCUCACCUUGAAGCCUUAAUUCCCCCUGCGCGCAGCCAGUGACCGGACUGCUCCAAUGCCAAAGGUUUGGCCUUUCCCUUUACCUCAGCAAUAGUCUCAUAGCAUUUGUUUGGGGUAGAAGGUAAAACACAGGGCUCUAAUGGAUCCCAGCCAAGGUUAUAGGAAGGUCACCACCUCUUAGAACUUGUGCUCAGCUUCUCAUGGAUUGGCACUUGACACUUGGUUCACCACUAGGGGCAGUUAAAUAUGCAGAGCUGGACACUGCAGAAUUUUCUUCUGCCUAGUACAGGGAGAGUUUGAGACAUUUUGGAAGUCUCCUUCCUCUAACUGGUGUCCUGCUUGCCCUGACCAAGCAGAGGAUGCUGGUAGACCAUUAAAAACUGUUGAUCAAGGAAAAUGCUGUAAGCCAUUCUCUUCUCCCUGACCUUCACCCACCACACACACAAAAAAACCCCAACCAAACAACAACAACAAACCAAAACAUAAAACCAAACAAAAAAUAAAGUACCAAGCCCAAACUCUCCAUUGUUCCUAAUAUUUUUUGGAAAGGUUUCUUAGCUGAAAGGGAGGAUUGACACAGACUGUAAGUCACUGUAUACUAAGCUUCUGCAAGCUUCUUUACAUGCUUCCUGAUAAGCACAAACUCUGUUAAGUCAUGAAUAUUGUCCCUGUAUUUAGCAGUUGAGACAAUAGUUGCCGUUUCUACCAGCCUGGACUUCACUGUUUUUUUCUUAGCUAACCUUCUUUAGCAUUUGCUAGAAGCAUCCAGCAUUAAGACAGCUUAGAACAACUUUAGGUGUAUAAUCAGUAUUGACUCGCACUUUCUUUUCAGAGCUGAUAAAUGUUAACCCAGGGGUUUACAGUUACCAGUGGAUCUCAUUUUCUGUACCUUCAACUGCUGAAAAGUUACAAAUCCAGUGUGAAGAUGCACAUUCUAAUCCGACUUUGAUAUGGGGAGAGCUGAAAGCAAAGUCUCCUACUAUUGAGGAGUACUAUUUUAAGCCUCUGCUAACUACCUUAAAGCUUCUUAGGGAAAAAGGUGGGCUGCUUGUCUCUUCCAUCGACUAACUCAACCCUAGUACACAUUGGGACCAGCUGGUAGAACAUGCUGCAGAACUUUUUACUUAUCCUGGUAGGUUUUUCCUGUGCUUUGACAAGAGUUGAUGCUCCUUCUUUCUUUAAUAUGUUUUUAUUAAACAUUCUUAUAUAAAAAAAUGUACUUGGUCACAUUUUAUAUUAACAAUGUUUUAAUAAAGUCACUUUAAAUAGAA